GACGACGAAGACACAACAGAGAAACAUGGAGACUCGGCUGACGACUCUUUGACGGACGACACCCGAACAUGGCAAAGACCCGCCGGAAAAUGAAGCGACAGCACACCGACGCUAAUCCGUCACCGACAAAUACCCGAAAUCCGUUGGUUUUCGACGAGGAAUAUCAGAAUACGUGAGGAUUUUUUUUUUAAAAUUUUUUUUCUCUGAACCGCUGUUGGAUUCGAGGAAGAGACGUCAAACAUGGCCGCGGUUGUUGGUUCCGAGCGGACGGCGAUGGAGAGGUUUGGCAACGGAGGGAUGGCGCUCCUGCCCUGGACGAAGCAAAUGCUCACCGUGCUGUGGGAACAGCUCCGACUGCUCAUCCAAGUCAUUUACUACUCCUUCGUGUCGGUUUUCCAGAUGUUCAGGUUCGAGGUCCACGUGAGAAUCACGGACGAGACUGGUCAGCACAUCCAGCACAUGGCCACAGCCACUAACACAACCGAGUCCUUCCUCUUCUCCUCCCUGUUUGACGGAGACAACAGUGUGAUUGUGGGCGGUUCGAACCCGCUGUCCAACUUCUGUGCGGACGUCGGCGACCCCUUUGCCGGAAAGUCCACCGCCGAGGCCCUGCUGUCCAGCCUGCGCGCUGACGACCUGUGCUGUGGGAUCGUAGACGACUUUGUGUCCAGAACAUCCACUAAAGAAGAAAGCAUCUUUCUUGGACACCAAUCCAGCUGGAAAAUGGGCUUCCCCGGCGACUGGAACAUCUUCGUGUCGAGCAGCGACAACUCCACUUCAAGUGAGAGUUGCCAUCAAAGCAACGAGAAGGGCUUUAAAGGGGAUGGAAUGAAGAAGAAGAUUAUCAAACAGGACACCUCAGAAGAGGACAGAAGCUUUCAGUGGAGUAGUGAGGAAGACCAGAGUGUAGUAGAGUUCGAUAGCGAAGAGAGCAAGGCACUCUGGGAGUCUUUGUCCAAAUCCAGUGAUCCUUACAACCCCUUCUUCUUCUCGGCCUGCAUCACCACAAGCACAAACAUGGGGAAAAGUAAAAGUGAAGCGAGGGAUGGCCACGAUUCUGACCUGAUGUCAAUCAACACACCUGCUGAGGAGAUGUUUGGGCCUCGAGGCCUCUUCUGGGUCAGUCGCUCCGACAGCGAGAGCAGCUGGGCCAGCUCAGACAGCUCCAGCCCCGACAUCGACAAGGAGGAGAGCGAAAGGCUGUGGGACUUCUUCAGUAGUCCUGAGGACCCCUACAAUCCCAUGUGCUUCUCCGCGUGCACAGUCAGCAGCAGCGCUCCCACAGUCGCUAAGCAACAGGCCUCACUCCCUGCUCCUCCCGCCAAGUCCGACACAGAUACCGAAGAUAAGGAGAGCAGCUCCCCUCCCUCGUCUGAAGAUGACGAAGAAGACCAGCUGUGGAAGUCUCUCUGCCAGAAGGAUGACCCAUACCACCCCCUGAACUUCCAGGCCCGCCUCCACAGCACCCCAGCAACACCAGCAGCAGCCACAGCACCCCGGCGUGCAGAAGAACCCACACGAAAAGCUCCCAGAGAGCUCAGAGUUGUGAAGCCACGCCUGUCAGAGAAGCAGCUGAAGCAUCACUCCCAUCCUGAGAAAACACUCCUGCCCUGGAAGAAACCUGGACAACGAGCUCCGUCACCCGCAGCAGAGAAGAAGCAAAGCAAGGCCAGCAGUGUCCAGAAAAAGGUGCAGUUCUCUCCUGUGGUGCACGUCCACGUCAUGCGGACCUGGCUGUUCGCUCGGCAGGAGAGCCGCAAAGGGCCGUGGGAGGAGAUGGUGCGAGACCGGGACCGCUUCCGGAGGCGAAUCCAAGACACUGAGAAGGCGAUCGGCUACUGCCUCACCCCGUCCCACAGAGAGAGGAUCCGGGCCAGCCUGGAGGAUGGUGCCUUGAAAUAAACUCUGAAUGUUUCAUUUCCUUUUUUGGAUGAGAACUCGUGAUUGGUUGCAAUGCAACAGUGAUUUUGAUUUAGGCCUUUAGAAUAUUGAUGUCGGGCCGACCUGUUUGGUGUCAUGUUGAACAACCUUGUACCUCAGAAGGUUUUAUACAUUGUGUACCUGUUGCACUGACUGACACUUUCUCAUGCUAACCUCAGCAUUAAUGUGUGGAAUGUUGUUUUUGUACGCCUUAUAUACUGACCUAGUAAUGUAACUUAUUUCUGCCCUAUGGAGCUUGUUGUUCAUUUUGUACUGUUUGUGUGUGUUUUUGUACGUGUGAAAACAGUUUUUAGUGGAUAUAAGUAGGAAAAAAAAAAAAGGUGAUAUCAUAAGAAGAAGAGUUUUAUGGUCCAAAGUGUUAAAGAUUUAUUUAAGCAUGAUGAAUGCAUUUCAAUUCCUGGUGCAAUUCUCAUCUGACUGGUGGAGGAAAGCUUUGUAUUUUCUUACAUCGGGGUUCAUCAUCAGACACAUUUCUAUGUCAGCGCAACACUUUGUCCUCUGACUCACUCGGCUUCUCAUGGUAACAUCACGUAGCGGAAUCCAACUUGUCCAGCAAGACGAUCGUUAGCUGCUUUGUAUGAUCAAUAAAAUGUUGAUUAUU